AUGACGCCCAGCCAGCCGCCGCCGUCUGCCGAGGAUAGCAGUGCGCAGCGUCCACCUGAUCGUGUUUCCUCCGUGGGCGGCGUCGCGACCGACUCAGGAUCGCCUUCUGAAUGGUCAAACUACACGGACCUCGACGUGUUCGUGGCGCGGCUGGACGUGGGCGGGCAGCCGGAUGACGGGCGAAGUUACGAGGAUCUCUUGCGAGUGUCCGAGUUCAUCGGUCCUGCACUCGCUCCUUCGGCGCCAUCCCCGCUCGCGUCCGUCCGCGACGAACACCCGCUGAUCGGUCGUAUCGAGGUCGAGCGCCGGCGCAUCACCAAGGACGGGCGGGUGAAGCUCAAGCUGACCCUGCUUGGCGUCGUCGUGGACAAGUGCGGGAUCUGUCUGUCCCAGUUUAGGAACGAAGAGCUGGCGGCGCUGGCGCCGUUAUGCCAACAUUCGUUCCAUGAGAAAUGCCUGCGGCGCUGGCUCGCCAUGAAGCGCACCUGUCCCAUAUGCCGUUUGACCCUCUCCCUGGAUGUAUCUGCUCAAGCUGUAUAG